UUCCAAAACCGUAGCUCUCCAACCACUGCUGGCAGCUCAGUUUUACGCACGCGCCACUGGCAAGGCUCCAGAGGUUGGAUGGAGCCCACUUCAGCCGGGGCUACCGUUACUCAGAAGAUGGCUGGAGAGGGUACUCUGAUUUAACAACAUCUUAAUGGUUCUGAAAUGGAUAGUUUUUGUUCAAGGAGAGGACAAUGUGCUCGAGGAAGACAUCUGAACUAAUUAUUAAUUGUCCAAUGCUGUUUCCAAAAUUAUUUUGUGCAAUUUGAGGUAGAGAUGGAUACAACUUCGAAACCGUUCAACCUCUCAACAACCAUAUAUUUUCAAGAUUAUGGAAACGAGACGACCAUCAAUCGUUUUGAACAGCCGGAUUGGCAAGUGGCACUGUGGGCAAUUGCUUAUUCACUGAUAGUGAUUGUGUCUGUCACAGGAAAUGUCACUGUAAUUUGGAUAAUUUUGGCGCACAAAAGAAUGAGGACAGUGACUAACUAUUUUAUAGUAAAUCUUGCAUUCUCGGACGUUUCGAUGGCUACUUUUAACACUGUCUUCAAUUUUGUUUAUGCUAUACACAACGACUGGUACUUCGGGUUGGGAUACUGUAGGUUUCAGAACUUCUAUCCCAUCACAGCCAUGUUUUCAAGCAUUUACUCUAUGGCAGCUAUUGCGGUUGACAGAUACAUGGCCAUAAUUUACCCUUUGAAACCAAGGCUGUCCUCCACAUCCACCAAGAUUGUGAUUGGUCUCAUCUGGGCGGUGGCAUUCUCCCUGGCUUUCCCCCAGUGCUACUACUCUGUCACCCAGCAUUAUCCACCACGGACCAUCUGCAUGGUCAACUGGCCUGAUGACUAUGGUGGGAAACACCAUCUCACAUACCAGAUAGCUAUGAUCAUACUGAUCUACCUGCUCCCCCUGCUGGUGAUGUUGAUCACCUACAGCCUUAUUGGCCAGACACUGUGGGGCAGUGAGAUACCGGGGGAGGCCUCAGAUCACUACCAGAAUCAGAUCCACGCUAAACGCAAGGUGGUGAAGAUGAUGAUAGUGGUGGUGAUGACCUUCGCCCUGUGCUGGCUGCCCUACCACAUCUACUUCAUCCUGGGCAGCUUCAACAAGGAAAUCUACAUGCAGACGUACAUCCAGCAGGUAUACCUGGCCAUCUUCUGGCUGGCCAUGAGCUCCACCAUAUACAACCCCAUCAUCUACUGCUGCCUCAACCAAAGAUUCCGCUCGGGGUUCCGUCACGCUUUCAGCUGGUUACCCUUCAUAAAGGUGUCGGAGGAGGACAAGAUGGAAUUGCAGCACACACAGACCUUCAGGAUGACACGCAGCUAUCGCACUGAGAACACCAAGGGUACUGUGGUCCGCCACAACUCCACCCAACACGAUGACCACACCACAGUCAAGCUCAUGAAAUGCUAAGGACACGAGGACAUGCUCAAGCUCAUGAUGACAGUUGCUAGGAGAAGUCAAGUGAAACAAAUCAUGUUAUGAUUGUGUACAGUCACUCAGUCACGCCAAAUACCUCACAGAUGACUUAAUCCAGGAGGAGAAUGGGUUCCAGGAGAAUGGGAAGGAGAACUUCCAUAGCAUUAGCACCAGGCCUUAUAUGUUGCUGUGUUUAGGUAGUGAUAUUAUUUGUGUUGUUUUAGCAUAAUAUUGGUAUAUGUUGUGUGGUACCUGGCUUUGUAGACCAGAUUGUGAAACAUGCAAGUGAACCCACUUGUAAAUAUUUGCUGAAAUAUAAAGUAACUGAUAAGAGACUGAUAAAUUAACACACUU